AUGCAUCGGGACCCCGCUACGCAGAGGAUGAAUUGUCUCUGUGGGCGGUUCUCCUCCAGAAGCACUCAGGACCUCCGUGCUCACGUGGCGAAGGAACAUAAGAGGCCUGGUGCCUCUGACACAAAUGAGAGCAGCAACGGCAGACACAGCAUUUUCACCCCCACAGACGUCGCCUUGCUCCCCGUCACGCGCCUGUCUGACUCACCAUCUUCAGGCUCCAUCAGGAUGUCUGUCGACUCUGUCCAGUCGCCUGAACCUUCACCCCCGUGUGAAGUCGUUCGUCUGCCCAGACCUCAUCAGAAGCAUAGGCCUGCGUACGCGAAAAGCGCCAGCAAUGCUACUGAUCAGUCAUCUUCCGGGAGGAAGUACCGGAUGGAGAAAUCAUCAAGCAUACAGGCUGCUCCCACCGCUCGUCCCUUCAAGGAUCUCGCUGGCCGCAUUGAUCAUCCAUUAAUGUCCUCGAAAACUGUGAGGAAACAAGCGGGGCCUUCCAGAUCAAAUGCCGGCGCCGCUAGCUCCUCGAAAUUAUCUGCUCGUGCCCCGUCUCCCACCCCAUCGUAUGAAUACCUUAGUGAUCAUGAUAUGCCAUACGACAUUGCAUCCCAGCCAUCUCCAGAUAAUCGCAAGAUUCCUGGCAAGGUGAUGGCCAGGCUCAGUUCCUUUGUUCCACCUCCGCAUCCUGGCCUGUCUUCGAAGAAACGCAAGUCUGAAACGCAUCCCAGUGCCUCCGAGUCCAAGGCUAGAGUGAAGCACACGAUGCCUACGUUCGGAGAGAGCAUCAGUGCAGGUCGACACACCCCUUAUUUGGUCAGCGCUUCGAAACACAAGCAUGAUGUGUCGUCGUCCACGCGUCCAUCGAUCGCUCCAAGGGCCUUCGCUAGUCACUCGGUUCUGAAGGCUGUCGAACGAGAGCUUCCUCCUCCACUUCGAGACUUGAAUAAGGCUAAGAGCACAGCCACCCGCGGUUCCCCUACGUUCGGUUCUUCCUCCGCAAGAGUAUCCAUGCCCGCCCCACGCGUUGUCGAACCGUCAUCAUCUCCUAUACCUACGAGAGCAUCUAUGGUGGUACCACAUGUGGUUGGCCCAUCAUCAUCUCCUCCGCCUGCGCCUCCACGAGUCGUGGUCGACGUCUCGACGUCUACCACAGCACCCAGAGUGCCUCCAAAUACCAGCUCCAAGUCGCGCGUGGACAACCAAGCAGUUGCCACCACAGCCAUCUGUAAUUCUUGCCACAAACCGGUUGUUCGCGCGCAGUUCGAGCGUGCUUACAAGCUGUGCGCCUCGUGCCGUGAGAAGGCGCGCGAGUACCAGAAGAAGAGGAAGGAAUGCAAGCAUCAGAAUGGAUUCCAGGAGUUCAUCGCACAGUUUCGAGAGGCGCACAGUGUGCAACGUCCUGUCCAGCCACGCGUUGACGAAAACGGGCACGCUGUGAGCAUGUUGGGGAAGAGGAAGGCGGAGAGCGAGGAUACUCUACUUGCGCGGAAGAAGCGCGUGGAUACCUGGAGAGACGUCGUAGAAUACCAAACCGAGGACGCGUUCUACGCUGCCGUGGAGCUAAAGCUCAAAGAAUGCCAACUGAACGAUGGGGACGUCGACUUGCUGGACAUGCAUAUCGGAUUCGCGAGGGUCAAGCCCCCCAGCACAACAGUGCAGAAUACUUUCGACGCAGUGGAAGCGAGGCUCAAAGGAUUGGGCUUCCCGCUCACAGGUAGGGGAACCAUGAUGGUAACCGACAAGAUGCAGGUUUCUAAGCGUCGUUGUAGAUGCAAAGGGAUGCCUAAGAUUAACGUUACAGGGGACGACAUUGUCCGAGGGAAGUGCGGGGGAACGAUUGAACUGAAAGUCGACCUGGACGAAGAGCAUCAGGCGGACCUGGGCAUCCGGGCGCUUCAUUACCUCCUUCACGCCAGCCCAAGUGCACGCAACUCUCUUAUUUCAUCUCUUUCACAUACCUUUCUCUUACCAUUAUUUCAUUUCGGGUUCCAGCUAGAAACGCAUCUGUUAUUAUACUUGAAAUUGUGGGUAGCAACAUCAUCUACUGGAGGGUGUUGCACGGAAGGGACGAGGAAUAACUGUUUCCACUGCUUCACGGUGAACAACCGUGUCAGGCCACUGCCGCCAGUGCUGCUGGUUGUACUAGUACCCGUCGCAGCUUGGUUCCUACUCCGACCCCUUCUUGAUCCAUUACCUCAAUUACCCGCUCUGUAUGCGUGCGUGGGCUUCUCGCUGUUCGCCCUUCUCGCAACCUUGUAUCUCGUGCCCGCGCUCGGGGACACCUUCUUGCGAGCCAACCUCAAAGGGAGAGACUUAUUGAAAACUUAUGAUACGCCCAUUCCAGAGAGUCUCGGACUCGUCUGCGCAUCCAUUUAUGUACUCCUCUUAAUUCUUUUCAUUCCGUUUGCAUUCUCAGAUUCUUUUGGAAACCACAACAAUGCUAUCAAGGGCAGGAAACACAGAGAAGGGCUGGUACUCACCGAGUUCCCGCACCACCAGCUAUCCGUAUAUCUGUCUUCACUACUUGCGCUCCUAUUAGCGACGAUGCUAGGCUUUCUAGACGAUGUAUUCGAUAUACGAUGGCGACACAAGAUACCCAUUCCGAUCAUCGCGUCUAUCCCGCUCUUGAUCAUCUACUAUUCCGAGCACGGAACCACUGAUGUCGUCGUCCCAAUCCCUCUAAGAUGGCUAAUAGGUUCACUCAUACACCUAGGCCCUUUAUAUUACGUUUACAUGUCUCUGCUCUCCAUCUUCUGCACAAACAGUAUCAAUAUUCUUGCGGGGAUCAACGGCUCGGAGGUCAGCCAGGCUUUCAUCAUCACGCUCUCGGUCAUCCUCAACGACCUGCUCUACCUCCCCUGGCCAGUCGGUUUCCGCGUAGUGCUGCCGCUGCAUGUCCUCGGCCACCCUGCGGAGGUCGAGGUUGGCGGAGUGUGGAGCGCAGGCAUGGCGUAUGGCAGCAGAAUAUUGGUUGAACGCCAUCUGUUCAGCUUAUACUUUAUGCUUCCGCUCCUGGCCGUGUGCGCGGGCUUCAUGUAUCACAAUUGGUACCCCGCACGCGUCUUCCCCGGGGACACACUCUGCUACGUGACGGGCAUGGCAUUCGCCGUCGUGGGGAUCCAGGCGCACUUCUCCAAGACGCUCCUGCUGUUCUUCCUCCCGCAGAUCUUCAACUUCGUUCUCUCGUGCCCACAACUUUUCGGACUUGUUCCGUGUCCGCGACAUCGCGUGCCUAGGUUCGACCCCGACUCGGGUCUGCUCACGCCCUCGCACGCCGAGUUCAAGGAUCGCCCGCCGUCGCGCAUCGCAACGCUCGUUCUACGCGUCUUCGCCGCGCUGGGGCUCGUGGAGCUCACGACGGACACGAAGACGGGCGCCGUCUCGCGCACGACUAACCUCACGAUCUUGAACGUAUUUCUCCUCCGGCUCGGGCCGAUGAGGGAGGACGCGCUGGUCAAGGUGCUGAUGUGCUCGCAGGUGGGUGGGAGCGUGCUGGCGUUUGUGGUGCGGUACGGCCUCGCGUGGCUGGUGUACGACGGGAACCGGAGGUAG